AUGGUCCCGGGCAAGGCCUUGUCAAGCAGUCAAGACAGUUUGUGGUUGUGCAGCAUCACAGCCCGCCGCGUCAGCACGUUAUUCGUUCGCAAGUCUGACGUGAAGGGAGCGGCCGGUCGGCCUGCUCUCCAAGAUGACAGUUAUCUGUAG